AUGGUCGCAUCCACUCUGUCCACCUCUUUCCCUCAGUCGUCUUCCGCCAUAGCAGUCAUUGUGCCUACAAAACCCACUGCUUUGACUGUCUCCUUUGAGCAACUGGCACAGGAUGUGUUGGCUUUUCAGAAACAACUCGCUCAUCUAGGUAUCCGACAUGCCGACGCCGUCUCAAUAGCCUUGCCCAACAGCUACGAAUUUAUCGUUUCUUUUCUUGCAACCUCUUUCCAACGAGCAAUUGCGGCCCCUCUGAAUCCUGCCUACAAGCAAAGCGAGUUCGAGUUCUACAUCGACGAUCUUUCUUCAGCCGUGAUUAUAUUGCCUCGAGGAGCACAUGCCCGGGACGGACCUGCUGUGAAAGCGGCCAGGCAACAUCGUGCUGCCAUUGCAGAAUGCUACGUGGAUGGAACGAAGUUGGUCUUGGAUGUGAAAGAGCAGGGCUGCCUGGCACAAAGACAAUCUCAAUCAGUCGCUGAGGCUCAACCAGAAGAUGUCGCACUCGUUCUGCACACCAGUGGGACCACCGGGCGCCCGAAGGCUGUUCCAUUGACCCAUCGCAACCUGACAAGAACAAUGCAGAACAUUCAAAACACCUACGAGCUUACUGCUCAGGAUCGGACGAUGUUGGUUAUGCCACUCUUUCACGUGCACGGUCUGUUGGCUGGAUUUCUGUCUCCCCUGAGUGCUGGGGGAUCUGCUAUUGUUCCAGAUCAUUUUUCUGCACGAUCCUUCUGGGCCGACUUUAUUCAACACAAAGCCAACUGGUACACAGCCGUGCCGACGAUUCAUCAGAUUCUGUUAAAGAACCCUGCACCUAACCCGAUACCCAAGAUCAGAUUCAUCCGCUCAUGUUCAUCGGCACUGUCCCCGAAAACAUUUAUGGAACUUGAAAGGACAUAUCGAGCACCAGUUCUUGAAGCCUAUGCCAUGACAGAAGCAGCUCACCAGAUGUGUUCGAACCAGCUCCCACAUCGCGGAAAGCGAAAGCCCGGCAGUGUGGGAAUUGGCCAGGGAGUCGAAGUCAAGAUUCUCGACGAGCAAGGCGAUGAAGUCCCCCGGGGCCGGGAAGCCGAAAUUUGUGUAAGGGGAGAGAAUGUCACGAAAGGAUACAUCAAUAAUGAAAAGGCUACCAAAGAAGCAUUCACCAAGGGGGGAUUCUUCCGCACAGGAGAUCAGGGCAAGAUGGAUGAAGAUGGCUACGUCUUCAUCACCGGCAGGAUCAAAGAGCUAAUCAACAGAGGGGGGGAGAAGAUCAGCCCGAUCGAGCUGGAUCAUGUGAUCAUCGCCAAUCCAGACGUGGCAGACGGUGUCACUUUUGCUAUUCCUUCAGAAUUAUACGGCCAAGAAGUGGGAGUGGCAGUUGUUCCUAAGCCUGGGAAGACGGUGACUGAGAAGGGCAUUACUGAUUACGUUGCCAGCAAGACGGCCAAGUUCAAGAAGCCGAGCAGGGUUUGGAUCUUGAAAGAGAUUCCCAAGACAGCCACGGGAAAGAUACAACGAAGGAAGGUUGCAGAUACUCUUCUGGCCAAAGACCAGCCUAGAGCGAUGCUAUAG